CAUGCUUUGGUGACCUUCCCUGCAUGUACUGCGAAGUAUAUCUGAGAGAACAGUGACAGUCAGUGUGUAUAAGUAUUUGGAACGCCAGGGUCAGGCCAGUGUACUUCCUGAACUAGUCAAAACAGGACUUGGGAAUUUAUUGGAUGAUCGUAAACAUCAGCAGGCUUAAGCAAAAUAACUCAUGAUCAGCUGUCUUGCGACAGCAUCGAAAAGCAGAGACAAUAUAAUAUAACUCAUAGCUAUCUUCAGUUAAAGUCAGUCCCAUGGAGUACAACGGAACAGGAUCAUUAGAAAUGCCUAGGUGGUCAGUGUACGAUGGGGAGGAACACUGGCGGUUCAUGGAGAAGCUGGAGGCCCGGAUCCGGAACCAUGAUCGGGAGAUCGAGAAAAUGUGCAACUUCCAUUUCCAGGGAUUUGUAGACUCCAUCACAGAACUGCUGAAAGUGCGGGGAGAAGCACAGAAGUUGAAAAUUCAGGUGACAGACACCAAUAACAAGCUGCAGGAAUCAGGGAGAGAGCUACUCACUGAAAUGGAGGAACUGAGGAAGUGUCGCUCACAGCAAAGGAAUAUAGCAGCUACAGUGGACCAGCUGACACUCUGUCUACCAGUACUGGAGAUGUACAGUAAAUUACGGGAGCAACUGAAGACUAAAAGACACUAUCCUGCGUUGAAGACGAUGGAGCACAUGGAGCACACGUUCUUGCCUCGGGUAAAUCCCUAUCGUUUCUGCACGGUAAUGGUGGAGGAUAUUCCCAAAUUACGAGAGGAGAUAAAAGAAGUUUCCAUGUCUGACCUGAAGGACUUCUUGGAGAGCAUCCGAAAGCAUUCGGACAAAAUCGGAGAGACUGCCAUGAAACAGGCCCAUCAGCAGAGGAACCUGGAUAAUAUUGUCUCUCAGCAGCAUAAGGUUGGAACCGGGAAGAAAAUGAAGAAAGAUGGUGGAACUGGUUUUGAUGCUGAGAUGGAAAAUACCAGCCCAAUGUCUGAACAGGAUUCUGGAAUCUUAGAUGUUGAAGAUGAGGAGGAUGAAGAAGAGGUACUAAGUGCCCAAGAUCUGGUCGACUUUUCCCCCGUCUACAGAUGUCUGCAUAUAUAUACUGCACUGGGUGCCCAAGAUACAUUUGAGAACUACUACAGGAAACAAAGAAAGAAACAGGCCCGCUUAGUCCUGCAGCCUCCUUCCAACAUGCAUGAAACGUUAGACGGCUACAGGAGGUAUUUUAAUCAAAUUGUAGGAUUUUUUGUAGUUGAAGAUCACAUAUUGCACACCACCCAGGGCCUGGUGAACAGAGUGUACAUUGAUCAACUGUGGGAUUUGGCGGUAUCCAAAACCAUGUCAGCACUCAGGACUCAUUCAUCAUACUGCUCUGACCCAAACUUGGUCCUGGAUUUGAAGAACCUUCUAGUACUCUUUGCGGACACUCUGCAGGGUUAUGGAUUUCCAGUAAAUCAGUACUUCGACAUGCUGCUCGAGAUCAGAGAUCAGUACAGUGAAAUUUUGCUGAAGAAAUGGUCGGGUGUCUUCAGAUAUAUUUUAGAGUUGGAUAACUACAGUGCUAUUCCUGUCACGAAUGAAGAGGAGUACAAGAGAGUGAUGGGUCAAUUUCCAUUCCAUGAUUCAGAGCUGGAAAAUCAACCAUUCCCCAAAAAGUUCCCAUUCUCUGAGUUUGUGCCCAAAGUCUACUCCCAGAUUAAAGAGUUUAUCUAUGCCUGCCUCAAGUUUUCAGAGGACCUACAUCUGAGCUCAACUGAAAUAGAUGACAUGAUCCGGAAAUCCACCAAUCUUCUUCUGACCAGGACACUGAGCAACUGUUUACAAAAUGUCAUCAAGAAGCAGCAUGUCGGACUCACUGAGCUGGUACAGAUUAUCAUCAACACCACACAUCUAGAGCGAUCUUGCAAAUUUCUGGAAGAGUUCAUCACGAACAUUACCAAUGUACCUCCAGAGACCAUUCAUGCCACCAAGUUAUAUGGUACAGCCACUUUCAAGGAUUGUCGACACGCUGCGGAGGGGGAGAUCUAUACCAAACUAAAUCAGAAGAUCGACCAAUUCCUGCAACUGGCCGACUAUGACUGGAUGCGAGCAGAGCCCAAUGGUCAUGCCAGUGAUUACCUAGUUGACCUCAUUGCAUUCCUGCGCAGUACAUUUGCUGUGUUCACACACUUACCAGGCAAAGUAGCUCAGACAGCCUGCAUGUCUGCCUGCAAACACCUCUCUACAUCUCUGCUACAGUUGCUGCUGGACACUGAAGUCAAGCAGAUCACCAUGGGAGCCUUAAAACAGUUCAACAUGGACAUUGAAGAGUGUGAGCACUUUGCCAGAUCCGGACCGGUGCCUGGGUUCCAAGGGGACACGCUGCAGUUGGCCUUCAUCGACUUGAGACAACUGCUGGAUCUCUUCAUCCAGUGGGAUUGGUCAACAUACCUAGCUGAUUAUGGGCAGCCCAACUGCAAAUACCUGAGGGUGAAUCCAAUGACAGCGCUUGCCCUGCUGGACAAGAUCUCCCGAGCAAUGAAAGACACCAGCAGGAAGAACAAUGUCUUUGCACAGUUCCGUAAGAACGAACGUGACAAGCAGAAGCUAAUUGAUACGGUGGCAAAACAGCUCAGGAGUCUGAUCAACAGCAUGUCCCACCAACAUUGAAUCUGCUCCCAUCCUUCACUCCUUCCCUUCCUUCUCCCUCCAUCCCUCUUAGUUGCACAUAAUGCUGGAUUUUGGACAAUGUGCCAUGAUGACCAUGGAAACCGAGACCAGUUCGCCCCCUUAAAGGGGUGACAAGUUUUUUUUAUUAUUGUUGUUGCUUUUGUUUGUUUACAAACUUGCUGUGGAACGUUGCAAACUGCCUCGCUAGGUAUCAUGAGGCUGUUGUGGUAGUGAAGUCCAACACCACUGCUUGGUAUCUUUUCUGCAGACGUGUGUGGCUUUGCUUAUCACUUCAUGGACAUGAUGCCCCUUUUGCAAAACAAAAAGAUGCCUCUUAUUAGAUCAGAGGUUUUUUUUUAUGGAUCAGAGAAUUUUGUGCCAAGUGAAAAUCUGGCGUGACCAGAUCCAAUGCGAGACUUUAUGACCUACAGAAAAUUGGAGGGUUCCCAGAAAUUUUGGAGUUUUGAUCCUCCAAGUGGACUGCACGAUGGAAUCCUUUCAUCAAAUCCUCUUCCUUUCUCUCCAGUCCACCACGAUUCCAGGCUAACCUGCAUCGAGUCGGGCUACACAUGUAAGCCUUUAUCAUUGCCAUUUGCCAUCCAAUUCAUUCGCUGGUUAACAGAUACAACUUGGAACAACAGUCUUUCCAUCCAGAUAUCUUGCACUGAUUGCUGAGCACAUGUCACAACCUCACAUUCUGGUGCCAGUGCACUUGGAAAGGAGGCCUUGUUAUUGUCAAACAAAAAUUAGCCCAUCUUCUUUUGUUCACAGUGCCUGCGUUUCUAGUUUAAAACUGCAAAUGUUGAUGAUAUUUUUAAAGGGAAUGGCGAUGCCAGCAGAGCAACAUUACUGGAGACACAGUUAAGUGACAGAUAGUGCAGGUGAGGCGGAUUGCUUAGUGACAUGGCGGUUGGUUAGCUCAGUUGGUUGUCAGGCUGGCUAGUUUACAGUGCAGAGUGAUGCCAACAGUGUAGAUUCAAUUCCUACGCCAGCUAAGGUUACCACAAUGGGUGCACCUUCUCAAACUCUCCCCUGACCUCAGGCUUCAGUUCAAUUCACCAGCAGUCAUCCUCUCGAAUGAGAGAGAAGUCUUCUGGGGCUUUGGCACCUUUACUAAGUUUUACUGAGUGACUGCGAGGGAGCUGGAUUAACAACAGCAGAGAUACAUUCACAGAGUUGUACAGAACGGAAACAAACCCUUCGAUUCAACU